GUGUUUAAUUUGAAAAUGUGGAGCAGCACAGUGCUAAGCACUGGUAGUGCUUCCUCUAAUGAUGGUACCAUUGUGCUCACAGUACCCUCUGACAUGGGCUUGCCUGCUCUUUGUCCUCCAGUUGCAGGCUCCUUCAGCUGCACCAUGAAAUUUACAGUCCGGGACUGUGACCCUAACACUGGAGUUCCAGAUGAGGAUGGGUAUGAUGAUGAAUAUGUGCUAGAAGAUCUUGAAGUAACUGUGUCGGACCACAUUCAGAAGAUACUGAAGCCUAAUUUUGCUGCUGCCUGGGAAGAGGUGGGAGAUACCUUUGAGAAAGAGGAGACCUUUGCCCUCAGCUCUACCAAAACUCUUGAAGAAGCUGUCAACAACAUCAUCACAUUUCUGGGCAUGCAGCCCUGUGAGAGGUCCGAUAAAGUACCUGAGAACAAGAAUUCCCAUUCACUCUAUCUAGCAGGUGUAUACAGAGGUGGCUACGAUUUAUUGGUGAGGUCCAGGCUGGCCUUAGCAGAUGGCGUGACCAUGCAGGUGACUGUCAGAAGCAAAGAGAGAACACCUGUAGAUGUUAUCUUGGCUUCUGUUGGAUAAGUUGUUACUGAGCAAGAUGACACACUUCACUGUCAGUGGGCUUUUAGGCUAGUGGCAUGAAUUCCCCAGAAUCACACUCCUAAAGAUUAAUGACUUUGGAGAAGCAAAUUAAAUGUUUGGCCCUGAGCCAGCAGAUCAAGCAAAUGUCCGUCCUUAUGCAUGGGUUUUGGUGUUUCUUCGUUUGGUUUGAUUUUUCCUUUUUCUCAUUUGGUCCGCUUUGGUAUAACAGUGCAGCUUUGAGUGAUCUUGAAAAUAAACAUUAUCGUAUACUACA